AAGGCGGCAGUUUGACAGCUCAGAAGUUACUCAGCAGGAGGAAUCAGACCGACAGCUCCAGCCUCCGCGCGCUCUCACGGCUGUCACGCGCUCCCAGCCCCGCGAGUGUCUGCAAGCCGCGCGCACCUGAGCAGACCCCUCCAAGCUGGAUCCCCGGAGCCCGUCGCCAUGCCUGCCCGGGUUUAGGUUCUCCAUGGAGCUCUCCAACCUGUACGAGGCCGCGCCCCGACCCCUGAUGAGCGCCCUGACCCACGGCCAGCAGCCCCCCUCCGGCUACAGAGACCUGGCGGAGGUCGGCGGGGAGAUCGGAGACACCGAGACGUCCAUCGACCUGAGCGCCUACAUCGACCCGGCGGCCUUCAACGACGACUUCCUGGCGGACCUGUUCCACCACAGCGCCCGGCAGGACAAGCUGAAGCUCAUGAGCGGGGAGUACGACCAGUGCGGGGGGGCCCCGCAGCAGCUCUACAUGUCCAACUACAUGGAGUCCAAGCUGGAGCCGCUCUACGAGCACAACCCGCCGCGCCUGCGCCCGGUGGCCAUCAAGCAGGAGCCGCGCGACGACGACGAGCUGAGCGGGGGCAUGCCCCCCACCUACCCGCACCCGCAGCAGUACCCCUCGCAGCCCCAGCAGCCGCAGAUGCCGCACCUCCAGUACCAGAUCGCGCACUGCGCGCAGACCACCAUGCACCUCCAGCCGGGCCACCCGACCCCCCCGCCGACCCCGGUGCCCAGCCCGCACCACCACCACCACCACCACCACCACGGGCACGCGCAGCAGGGCAGCAUGAAGCUGCUGGAGCAGCGGGGGGGCAAAUCCAAGAAGCACGUGGACAAGAGCAGCCCGGAGUACCGACUGCGCCGCGAGCGCAACAACGUGGCUGUGCGCAAAAGCCGCGACAAGGCGAAGCUGCGCAACAUGGAGACGCAGCAGAAGGUGGUGGAGCUGAGCGCGGACAACGAGCGCCUGCGGCGGCGGGUGGAGCACCUGACGCGCGAGCUGGACACGCUGCGCGGCAUCUUCCGGCAGCUGCCGGACGGAUCCUUCAAGCCGCUCAGCUGAGAGGCGCGCGGGCUCUGGGAUGGAACUGAGCUCGUGCCUUUUCCGCGCGCACAGGCAGAUAAGCUCGUUUUUGUGCCUCAUCCAACGCAGCUAAGCGCGCACGCAGCCUUUGGAGCUGUCCGCGUGCGCCUUGAGCCUGCAGAUGCGCACGGACUCUCGAGCGCGCGUGCAUGACUGAACUCUGAUUCUGCAACAAGUGAGAUUGGACUGUUUUCCUGCGCACAGACGCUCCGGUUUCUCAAACCGAAGUGUCGAAAAAGUGGAUUAAAACUGGAAUCGAACCCGCGAGGAAACCGGAGCCGGACUGAGUGUCCUCGCGAAGAAACCAGGAUCACAGAAUCUGGUUUUUAUGCAACAACCAGCGGUGCCUUCUGACCCUCUCUGAUGACCUUUGACCUUCGCCUGAUCUGUUCAGUGAGGAACAGGGCAGCACUUGUUUGUUUCAGUUGUAAAAUAAGCCUAUAUAUAAAUAUAUAUGUAUGUAUGACAGAAUAUAUGUACAAAAAUGACCAACAUUCAGAAAUAUUGUAAUAAAAAACUGGUUCAGAUUCU